AUGCCUAAACCUCCCAGUGUGUCGCACUGCGUUUUCCUACCAGGCGGGUCUCGGCUGCACGACAGUACAGCGUUCGGCCCUUUGGGCCCCCAGUGGUGGGGUUACAUACUCGCUGCCUAUCUUCCACCUUCGUCACUCUUUACGAUCAAGCAGGUCUCCAAGGCAUGGAACUCCCUUACAACCAGUCGCUAUUACACGCUUCAUGCACCGCUCCGGAUAACUGAGACGAUUCUGAAUCAGCUAGCUUGCGCGACAUCGGCGCUAUCCACUAGACAAAAGGCUCGCAUGGCUCGAUACCUCUCGUUACACUGCGGUGAUAGCAUAACAAUUGGCGUGGCUCGUGACUCAGAAGCUAUUCACGACGUCACUCCAAGAAUUUUGAACGCAACGGGUCCCGUAAAGCGCAUGGCCAUUUCGAUUGACACUCCCUACGUCCUCAUUGCUAAGUCGCUUCACAGGCUUUUUCUUCGGAGCGUUGAUACCCUACUGGAUAUGAAACUGCGAGGAGUUCGCGUGUCGCAACAACUCAACAGCAUUUGUGCCGAAAAGCAGCGGACCGUCCCAUGGAUAUCGAGUCAUAUCGAACUUCCUCGACUGCAAAUACUUGAAGUUGACGAUGUUUCCCUCCUGAAGCAUCUCGUUGCACCCAAGCUGCUUUCUCUGUUUGUGGACUACGCUUCUGCCUCCGAAGGCAGUGACACCGGCAACCAAGAGUCGGAAGAGGAUGCCCACUGUCUAUCCCCCGUGUUGUCGAGAGUAGCAAGAGGCAUACUACUUGCGUUUCUGUCACGUUCGGGAACGCACCUUGAAAUACUAACGCAGGCUGACAUCCUGCCGAUUCUGUUUCGCUCUACGCCUCCGAUCAACUCUCCAAUCAAACGGGCUGACGGCUCCACCAUCACAGUGAUGAGUCCAGUCGUUUGCCUGCCUAAUCUUACCUCGCUCGCAGUUUCCGAUAUCCAUCUUCUUCUGUAUAUUCGGACUAUAAAUCUGGAGUCGCUCACUGCUUCGGUUCCGGACGUCUCUGCCCUCUCUUUCUUCAGUCGUUUUCAUUCAACCCAGCUCCAGUACUUGGAAAUCACCCAACCAAGUAACACUGCUGCUAACACUUCUCACUCCGGCGUGAUGGAGGCUAGCGAUGGUUCCCGUCACUUGCGCAUUCCACAGCUCACUGGUGCAUCAUCCACUGGCGGAAGGGGGAUUUUGCGUCACAAUUCUUCCCCUGUGUCUACCAUCGCGUGCGGUCGGAGUAUGGGCCGACGUUUCGUCAACGAGCAAUGCAGCUGCACGCUAAUUAGUCCGAAGAUUCAGGGAACGGGGUUGGAAAUCGAUCGGCGCAGGAGUCGGAAUGAUCGGGCGUUCAGUCUGCCGUGCCAGGCUGGUAAAGCGUCCCCUCCGGCGGAUGCAUUGCGGCAAAAAAUACAUGAUUGGAAUUUGGAGACCCCCACGACCUCGGAGCCUACUGAAAAAUGCCUUCCGCAAACGGACCUGAGCUUUGGCCUUCUUCGCGGGCAUUUCAGCAACAAGAGAGCAGAGGCUCUGAAUGUAUUUCUCCCCCUGUUGUUAGAGCUAACAGUACCUGGUAGCUUCCUCGCGUAUCUUUUCUGCCCACGUCUUCAGCGGGUGCUGGUUACAGGUCUUUCACAUAGAAAGCAAGUUCUGUCAUUUAUCCAAGAUGGCGCUCCACUAGUGGAAGAAUUGAUUGUCGACAACAUAGCAGGAGCAGCGAGCGGACAACGCAGCUCGCAGCCGCCGAAUAGCCAAUCACACGCAGGUGGUUUUGGUGAAAUGGAGCAUCAUGGAAUGGCGAAGAUGAUGGCAAGCAACACGAGUACUCCGUACAUCACAAAGCCAAUCCCACAGUGGCGUUUGCCCAGCCUCCGGACCUAUAAGGGUCCUGCGGGGUUACUGGACCUGGAUUUGGAAUGUCCAAAUCUAGAGCGUCUCGAGGUACGUCUUCUUCCUAUACCGUCUGGAAAACAGUGA